AUGAAGAGAAACUUGAUUAUGAGCGAUUUUUCAAAUCUAGACAAUGAUGCCAUGAUGAACUCUUACUCAAUGUCCUGCGAAAUUCUCCAAGGUGAAUUCAGAAUAAUGAAUCAAGAUGUAAAAAUUGACAGAGAAGGUCUAUAAAAUACAAGAACUGGUGAGAGAUCAUCAAUGAUUCUUCCUAGUGAAAUUGAAGUAUUCAAAAAGAUGAAAUUCUAAAUAUUUGAAUUUAGUACUAAGAGAUUCUGGGGAAGGGAAAUGGAGGCAUGGUAUAUAAGGCUAUACUUAAAGCUAGUGGACUUCCAAUAGCUAUCAAGGAUGAAUGUCCUUACUUGGUAUAAUAAACAACUAUUAGCUGAUCUAAAUAUUCUAUAGAUAAGGUUUUAUGGCGCAUUUUACGAUGAAGGGAGUGUCUAUUUGGCCUUAGAGUACAUGGAUUGCGGAAGUCUUAAUACUAUUCUUAAAAUCAUGAAACAAGCUUAUCCAACUUAAGUGCCUUUAAUGCCUGAAUUAGUUAUUUCCUGCAUCACUGCUUAGGUGCUCAAAGGAAUUCAAUAUCUUCAUGAAGUCAGGAAAUAACUACAUAGAGAUGUCAAGCCAGACAAUAUUCUUGUUAGCUCAUAGUUUGGAGAGGCUAAAAUCACUGAUUUCGGUAUCAGCAAGGAUAUUGAAGCAACUUUGAACAUGUGUAGUACAUUUGUGGGCACACUUUCCUAUAUGUCGCCUGAAAGAAUCGAGGGUAGAGAUUACACCUUUCCAAGUGACAUCUGGAGCGUAGGAAUUGCAGUUUAUGAGAUGGCUCUAGGCCGCCAUCCCUAUUACGAGGCUACUAAUCCAUACAUGCUUCAUGAAAUGAUGAAAACUUAACCGACACCCACUUUGGCAGGAAUACACGGAAUUUCUUUGCAAAUAGAACCGUAAAAGCGUGCUAGUGCAAGUGAGCUACUUUUGCAUCCCUUUAUUCAGCGUUACAACUAAGCAGAUGCUGAUCUUAUAUUCUGGCUUAAAGAUUAUCAAGAUGUCUAUGAUCAAGUUAGAAGAAAAAAUCUCGAAACUUAGAUUGAACUAGAGUCAUAGCUAUAAGAGUUGGCAGGUCUAAAGUGA